AUGGAAUAUGACCCAAGAUCCCCCCGCUCGUUCGCCGCCUCUUAUGUCUCUAACUCUCGCUUCCAUCGCUUCUUGACCAUCAACUCAACGACCCAUGGCCCUCUCAAUGUGACUUACGGCGAUUACGGCCACGAGCCCGAUAAGAACGGAACUACUCCGACACUUCUCUUUAUGCCGGGCAUGUUUUCAUCCCGGUACAUCGGAAUCUGUCUGCACGCGAUUGCAGAGAAAUGGGGCGUGCGCCUUUUGGUUGUUGACCGUCCUGGAAUGGGGAAUUUCACCGAGGUGCCGCUGGCGCAGCGAGUGUCUACCUGGAUCGAAGUCGUCCCUCAGCUUUUGGCCCAUCUAGGCAUCCAGCAUGUUUCAUUGGCAUCGCAUAGUGCUGGCACUAUUUAUUUGCUUAACACCCUGUAUCACUGUCGGGAUAUUCUGUAUCCUGAGAAACCGAUGGUCACUCUUCUAGCACCGUGGGUCGACCCUGCCAAAUCAGGCAGCACUUCCAUGAAAAUGGCCCAAUACAUCCCUACCCCAGCCUUCAAGCUCUGGCAUCAUAUUCCACGUCUCUUUCUCGUCAAAGAUGGGUCUGCAACAGCUGCGAGUGGAACAGUGAUUGCCAACCUCACUGCUUCUUUUCCCUCAAGCAGCGGCGAUGAGCAGGCAAAGAAUCGGCUUUACAUCUCAAAGAACUACGGGCUAGACCUAGACCAGCAGAAAGAGAUAGACGCUUUGAUGAUGCAGUAUAUGUUUGAGGAGAACACGGUUGGCUCUAAUAGUGAGGCGCUGCAGUGCCUACGGAAGGAGCCUAACACGUGGGGUAAAUGUGAAGACUACGAAGUCUUUGUGCGCGAGUUGGUAGAGCGCGAAAGAGGACGAGGGGGAGUGCUGUUGAAAGUUCAGGCAUUCUUUGGUGAGACUGACAGCAUGAUUGGUAAGAAGGGUCAAGCUUAUGUUGAGCGAUGCUGGCAUCAGACGGGCGAGGGGGACUUGAGGGGUGCAGUUGAGUUCGAUUCCAUGGUAGUGCCUGGCACUGACCAUGAUAACUUGGUAUCGUCCGCGGAAGUGUGGGAGAGAAUUUUCAAGAAAAUGGUAGCUUGA